GGGCUAGCUCCACCAACUCCAUCAUAUAUUCAGACGAGAGCUUCUGGUAAUUUCAUUUGUGGAGAGAUUUAUAUUACAUCUCCCACCUCCCUCAAUUUCUCCUCGUAAUCUUUCUUGCAGUGUUUCAGACAGCUAUGCUUAGUAAAAGAACCCAUCCCAUGAUCGGAAGGUUGUCUGAACUUUUGGUUUCCGGCAACCGUGCAGGAUUCAUGGAUGUUUCGACUAGUCCGAGAAGUCCGUUGGAGUACAGAAUUCAAUCACCUAGAGGGCUGAAGAAUUAUGAUAUUGGUGGUGUUGGAUUGGGUAUUGUUGCUGCCCUUGAGAAGUCUUGCAGUGAUGGCACACAUGAAAUUUUAGCAAAAUACGCUAUUUGCAGUCCGAACAUGAACAGGUCGGAUCCUAUUCCUGUGAAUUCUGGUAAGAGAUGCAACUGUGGUGUUAAGGAAAUGGAGGUUGAGAGCUUGGAGGAUUAUACUUAUGUCACAAGCCAUGGACCUGAUAAAUCCUUGACCAAAGUGUAUUAUGAUAAUGGAAACAAACGGAUGAACGAUAGAGUUACUGUUGUUUCUAUGGCUAGAGAAUCGCCGGCGAGAUUUUCCGAUGAGUUUGCGUUGUAUCCGACUUCGGAUUUUCUCAGUUCGUGUCACUUGUGCAAGAAAAAACUCCAUGGGAAAGACAUAUAUAUGUACAGGGGAGAAAAAGCUUUCUGUAGUAACGAGUGUAGAUCAAGACAAAUAAUGAUAGAUGAACGCAAAGAACAGUGCAGAAAAGAGAUUCCAAGAUCUGCAGACGUUUCAAGCUCACCUUACACAACAAGCCCCAUCUUCUCAACUGGAAUUCUUGCCAUUUAGACUUACAUACAUAUUUUUUUUGAAAAAAGAAGUUUUUGUGGCUGAAACUCCAGUCAUUACCCACUUCAUAUAGAUUUAUAUAUAGUAAUGAUGUAUACAUAUGAGAAUUUAUCAGCUCAGUGUUGCAGAAGGUGAAAAAAAUAAACAAUUUGCUCUGAUAAUGAUAAAUUUUGCAUGAGAGAGAGAGGAGAUGUAUAUCUGAGCCGAUUGAAGACUAACCCAGAAGAGAGGAGGAGCAAUCUGUGGUAGACGACAGAUUGUAAAGUCAAAUUAAGCAUCUCUGAAGUUUAUUCGGAUAUUUCAUAUUUUAUUGGAGGUGGUACUUGUUGUC